AUGGCAUUGUCUGAACUGAGGGACUUUCUGACCUGUCCCGUGUGUCUGGACACUUACACUGAGCCAGUGUCUCUGAGCUGUCACCACAGCUUCUGCUACAGCUGCCUCAAGGACUACUGGGACAAGAACCAGGACAAGAGCUGCCCCGUCUGCCGCAGGAUGUCCUCCAAAGAGGAUCUGGAUAUAAACUUUUCUCUGAGAGAGCUGGGUGCGGCCUUCAGACAGAGGCAGAAGUCUCAGCAGCAGUGGAUGUGCAGUGUUCAUCCAGAGGUACCGGGCUUGUUCUGCAAAGAUGAGGCCCGACUGCUCUGUCCUGUCUGUGAGUUCUCUCUGCACACACAGCACAAGGUGGUGUCUGCAGAGGUGGCUGAGCGGGAGCUAAAGGAGCAGCUAUCAUCACAUAUACAAGCUCUGAAAGACCAGAGACAACCUAUGAGCGACUGCAGGACUGUGUUUGAGGAGCUACAUCGGUUCCUCAAACAGGAGCAGGAGAAGGCCUUAGCCGUGCUGAGGGGGGAGCAGCUCAGACAGAGCCACAGUCUGAACUCAGCUCUGCAGAUUCUCAGGGACAGACUAUCCUCUUUAAGCACCAAUGCAACCGUCACCGUAGAGCCCCCAUGGCCCAAAGAGGCCCUCCUCAACCAGGCCAAAGUCCUGGGCAACCUGGGCUUCAGGGUCUGGAAGAAGAAGAUGAAGAGUGUGGUCCACUACAGCCUCUACAACACGGCAGAGGAAAGUGUGUUUCUGUCUGAGGAUCUGAGCAGUGUCAGACAUGGAGAGACAGACUAUUGUGUGGUCCCUGAUAAUCCACAGAGGUUCACAAGCAGCCCCAGUGUUCUGGGCUCUGAGGGCUUCAGCUCUGGGACACACCAGUGGGAUGUGGAGGUGGGGGACUAUAAAGACUGGGUCACAGGAGUGGCCAAAGAGUCAGGCCAGAGAAAAGAACAGCUCUACGCUACGCCUGAGUAUGGAAUUUGGUGUUUAAAACACAAAGACGGUAAAUACACAAAUGGGUGUCGAACUCCUGUCACAGUGAGGAGCUUCUAUGACACUGAGCACAUGACACACCUGUACACUUACAAACACGCCUUCACUGAGACAUUGUUUCCAUUUUUCUCAGUAGGACCAGCAGGUGGUGCUAAAACCAGAGAGCUUCCAGAGGAUUAA